AUUUCUGUUGGUGGCCUUGUAUAGAUGCAAAGUGUAUUUUCCACAGUGGCCUUGUAUAAGUAAAUGGAGGGAGUAUAACUUCUGGUUUACAAAAGAAAAUAACAUCUGCUUCCAUCUCAGGUACUACAUCAGCUGCUGCAUCCUUUCUCUGUGCAUGUCUUUAUGUGCUGAUAUGGCAUAGAAAAGGGAAAAGACUAUGGUUUCUCCUUUGCAAGAAGGCUAGCAGCAACACUGAGAAGAAUUACGAGGCCAUGAUAGUAUCAUAUGGAUCCCUAGCGCCAAAAAGAUACAUGUACUCAGAGGUAAUGAAGAUAACUUCUUAUCAUAACGAUCAGCUUGGUAAAGGUGGUUAUGGUGUGGUUUUCAAAGGAAGACUACACGAUGAUCGUCUAGUAGCUGUGAAAUGUUUGCAUGACUGCAAAGGAAAUGGGGACGAGUUUGUUAAUGAGGUUAUGAGCAUUGGCAGGACCUCUCAUGUUAAUGUUGUUAGCUUAUUUGGGUUCUGUUUGGAGGGAUCAAAACGAGCUCUUAUAUAUGAAUACAUGCCCAAUGGCUCGUUGGACAGGUACAUUUAUUCAGAGAACCCCAAAGAAAUUUUAGGAUGGGAGAGGCUCUAUACUAUAGCAAUCGGGAUUGCUCGUGGCCUCGAAUACUUGCACCAUAGUUGUAAUACACGCAUCAUCCACUUUGAUAUCAAGCCCCAAAAUAUCCUUCUAGAUAAAGAUUUUAGCCCAAAGAUUGCCGAUUUUGGUCUAGCUAAAUUGUGUCAUACAAUGGAGAGCAAGCUUUCAAUGACUGGUGCUAGAGGAACAAUUGGGUUCAUCGCUCCAGAAGUUCACUCUCGAACAUUCGGAGUGGUUUCAACAAAGUCAGAUGUUUAUAGUUAUGGAAUGAUGCUUUUGGAAAUGGUUGGAGGCAGGAGAAAUGUAAAAUCAAUUGUUGCAAAAUCCAGCGAAGAGUAUUUUCCAGACUGGAUUUACGACCACUUUGCGCAAGAUGAUGGAUUACAAGCAUGUGAAGUCAUAGGGGAAAUAGAGGAAAUCGCAAAAAAGAUGACCUUAAUUGGCUUGUGGUGCGUACAAAUACUGCCUGCAUAUCGCCCUACCAUAACCAAAGUUCUAGAAAUGUUCGAGAGAAGCUCAGAUGACAUGGAUAUGCCACCGAAGCAAAACUUUUCUGGAUUGCCUGAAAGUUCAGCUCACAAUAUGGAUGUACAAAGUUCAAGUUCUACCAGAUCUGAGGAGAUCAGCCUUGUGAAUUAAAAAAUCGUACAACAAUCGCCAACUCUUUGAGCAGAUAGGCCUUGUGAAUCAAAGAGCCUACAUUCAUUUCCACCACAGUGAGAAGGUGGCCUGUACUAGAGUACAUUCUGAAAUUGAACAAGCGCAGCUAAAUUCGGCAUUGUAGUAGAACAUAUUCCAUGUAUCCAUGACCUAGAGUCAAGAGCAUCCACA